CUUAUUUUCGUUAUUUACAUUCAAUUGGCAUCAGUUACAACUGACCAGCACAGACUGAAGAGGCUACAGUGUUAAUAUAUAUCGAAAAACAAGUGACGGAACGAAAAUAUGGCGGGAAAAAUUUUGUUAUUUGUUUUUCUUACUGUCAUCGCUCUCAGCCAUGGUGAAGCUCAGAAUAACUUCGAGACCAGCAGAGUUAAAGUACCAACGGGUAUAGGAUUUAGCCAAAUACUGGACUAUUUACUAGGAGGCUACGGGAACGGGCAUUACCCGGAAAGAUACCCGGGCGGGUAUUAUCCGGGUGGCGGUUACCACGGGCAAUAUCCGGGUUACAAUCCGGGACUGGUGGGACCACCUGGUGCUCAUCCGGGUUGUCCGCUCUGCGAUUCUUCUGUAUACAGCUAUUGUUCGUAUAAGCAGGCUCAUGACGCGUGCUGUUGCGAACAUUCUGGUUUUAUGUCCUUCUACUGCCACAGCACCAACUGCAAUUUCGUGUAUGCCAACUCCUGCGAGGAGUACCACCUCAUUACUAACUGCUGCUGUGUCGAUGUUCAGAAGAGCGCGUUACCCAACGUCGUCGCAUAAUUGACUCUAUUGCAUACGCAAUUAGUUUUAAAAUGG